AUGGACGUAGCAUACGAUAGUGUCCAGAAGGAGUCUUUUCCCGACGAUCAAGAACAGCAGGGAGAUUCGACGACCGCUGCAGUGGGGCCACCGCCUGGCACGUUCAAUAACGAUGUCCAGGAAGCCUACAAGGCCAUAUCUAGCAGUCCUUGGGCAGCACGACUAGGCGGGCUGUGGGGAAACGUGAAGAAGCAGGGUGAACAAUACUACGAGGGCGCCCAAAAGCAGUACUCCACCGCGAGUGAACAGGCCACGCAAGGCCUCACAUCAAUCAUCGGCCGAACUCGAGGACUAUCAAUCCAGCAACCUGCCGACGGCGAGUCCGCAGCGAGUCCGGCGGCGCCACAGAAACAAAAGGAGGCAUUAGAGACACACCCAGCCAGACCAGACUCUCUACCGGCUGAUAUUCUCAAGGAGGCCGGCGGCUUACUAUCGCGAUUCCGGAGUGAGGCGCAAAAGCGACUGAAAGACAUUGAAAAGGCCGAAGAUGCCGCAGACGAAGCCCUCCUGAAAUUCGGGAGCAAUAUCCGGAAUUACCUCCGCGAAGCAGUCGUCGUCGCGCCGCCAGACACGUCCGAAGGAGCGGACAACUCGAAGGUUCUAUUUGAAAGCAAAGAUGCAGAGGGCCGACGCGUCAUCCAUACCACUCGCUUCGACGCACAACUUCACGUCAUACACUCGAGUCUCGACAGCUUUCUGAAAGACCCAGUCAGUCCGCAAUGGGUGCCUUGGGGCGAGACAUUCGAUAUCAAGGCGCACACCGAAACGAUCUCGAAGGACCUGGAGAAAUACGAGGACCUGAGAAGGGCAAUGGAGAAGCUUGUCCCGGAAAAGGUCGAAUACUCCGAAUUCUGGACGCGCUACUACUUCCUGCGACACGUCAUUGAGAGCGAGGAGCAGAGACGGAAAGAGAUGCUCAAAGCCUCAGCCAACACCCCAGACGAAGACGUCGCAUGGGACGAAGACUCAGACGACGACGACAACGACAACGAAUCCUCCACCCCAAACAAAACCCAACCCCUGUCCGCCUCCAAAGAGACCCUCCGCACAGACGAAAAAGACAACACCCUUCUCAAGCCCAGCGAGCCCAGAAAAUCCGGUGAUCAACACUCCCAAGCCGACAGCGACGCCUCGUACGACGUCGUCAGCGGUGCAACAAGUCGAGCGCACGGCAGUCCCAAGGAAACGAAGACAGAGGUUGUCGCCGAGGAAAGCGACGAGGACGAUUGGGAGUGA